CCCACUUAUCACACCUCUCCACAACCACAGCACCUCGCGCCCCUGCGCGUCCAUCGCCCGCCAUGCAAGGCUUCAACAUGGGCCGGUACUACCCGCCCGACGCCUCGAACCCGCCCACCUUCAACGCCAAGCCGCCCUUGUCCUCGCGCACCAAGCCCUCGGGCGCCCUCACCGUGCGCUUCGAGCUCCCCUUCGCCGUAUGGUGCGCGCACUGCAAGCCCGAAGCCAUCGUCGGCCAGGGUGUGCGCUUCAACGCCGAGAAGAAGAAGGUCGGAAACUACUACUCCACGCCGAUAUGGAGUUUCCGCAUGAAGCACAGUGCGUGUGGUGGGUGGUGGGAGAUCCGCACGGAUCCGAAAGAGGCGAAAUAUGUUGUUGUGGAGGGCGCCACGCGGCGGAACUAUGGGGAGGAAGAGGGUGGGGAAGGCGAGAUGAAGUUCUUGAGCGAGGAGGAGAGGGAACGGAGGAGGAAUGACGCGUUUGCGAUGCUAGAGGGGAAGAAGGGGGAGGAGGUGGAGAAGAAGGCGCAUACGGAGAGGUUAGACGAGCUAUAUGAGGCGGCCGAGGUGUGGAGGGAUCCGUAUGAUGUCAAUGCGCGGUUGAGGCGGGAGUUUCGGGAGAAGAGGAGGGGCUGGAAGAGGGAGGAUCGCGUGAAGGAGGGGAUGCAGGAAAAGUUUAGUUUUGGAUAUGAGAUCGCGGAUGCGACAGAGGCAGACGAUGUGAGGGCGAAGAUGGUCGAGUUUGGCGCGAGUACGGUGGACGAGGGUGUUCAAGAGGUGGUGAAGAGGCCAUUGUUCACGAGUGUCAAGGCGGCGAUGACGGAGACCGGAUCGAAGAAGAAGCUGAAGGCCGAGAUCGUGGCGGAGAAGAGUCGCAAGAAUUUGCAGCAGUCCCUGGUGGGGAAUACGCGGGCGGUAAUCGACCCGUUCCUGUCUGCAGAGGCGAAGAGUUCGCCGAAGCUGAGUCUGGGCAUCAAGCGCAAACGAGAAGAAGAGGCCGCUGGCGUGGAGAAAGCACAGUCGUCAGCGACAGAUUUGCCUGAGCAAAAUGCCGCGAAGGCUCCGGCUCUGACCGCCGCACUGGUGGACUACGAUUCAGACUGAGGAAGACGACGAACAAGGAAAACAAACCAAGUCACCGGCCCUUCCAGAGACGCUAUGUCCGCCUCAUUAAUCGUGGACGCUUUUCUGCGUUCGCAGCCCUGGCUAUGCUACUCCACAUCUUGUCAGGGAGCACAUAACGGCGACCAUGAUUUUUUUUUUAGCGAAUGAUACCCA